CGGGUGCAUACCUUCCUGGAGAGCUCCGCCGCUGCCGUCAACGCCUGUGCGUCGUUCGCCACGAUGGAAGACGAAAUGCUUCCCCUGAUGCUGUCAUGGAUCACGUACCUGUACAUGCCCGUGGCUGUGGUCGUGUACCUCUGCUAUCGCGAGCGCCCAUCGAUCAAACACCGCCUUCCCAUCGGCACGGCGAGUGCUGGCCUCUUCGCGUCGGUAUACUGCCUUGCGCAACCUCUAUGCACGUACUUUAGCGAAAGCGCGUCGUGUGGGUCGACUCUGCUCGUCCUCACCAUUACGUGCAACACAGCCGUGGUCGUGCUCGUAUGGACUUCAUUUGUCGUGCUCGUGCUGUACAGCAUCACCGAGAUCAUUGCCCAGCCCACAAACGUGUCGCAUGACCGCGUAGCAAUGUGGAACUACUUUCGAGGGAUGAUCAUUCCAAGCAUUCAAGUGCCCGUCGGGAUCUGCGUCUGUGUCGUAUGGAAUUUGCCGCACAUUCUUUUGCUCGCGCUCAACGCGACAAACAUCUCGCAUCUUAGCUACGCGCAGUGCAUCAAGAUGGACUUUUUCAGCCUCAUCAUGUACAUUUCGAUCGGCCAGGCUGCGGUCCUCGUCGCAGCUUUCCUCUGCACUGGGUACCAGCUGCGCCACACGACCGACACGUUCCGCGUGCGAUGGUCGUACGAGUACACGAGCUUGUACAUGGUGUUGUGCUCGUGCAUGUGCUUGCUGUACUGGCUCGUGUCGUCCUACUCGACAGCGCUCACUGGUUUCCACGUCAUCGAAGUGAUGACAACGCAAGGGUUGCAAGGCAUUGUGUUUUUCAACGUGCUGCUGCCCGUUAUCAGCACGUACAAGGACCGGCACAAAGUCACCGACCUCACCGGGAGCACGUCUCUCCAAGUGAAUUGGGACUCGUACCUGCAGUCGAACGAAGCGUACUUGAGCUACAUGGAGUUUUGCCGCGGCCGCACGGCGGUUCUGCUGGCGUGGAAAGCAGCCGUGGAUUUCCGUAAUGGCGACAGCAAAUUGAACGUGUUCGAAUUGUACCAAGAGCACAUUUCCCCUGAUGGCGCGUACAGUGUCUACGACGACCUGCCCGACCUCAUGCGGCGCAAGUACACGAAGAAGAUCCACCGCCUGCGCAAGAAGGCGUCGCUCGUCAUGACGAACGUGUCCAAAGUCGUGCCCGUGUCCGACGACGUGGAUGUCGACUUUUUUGAGCCCUUGCGCCGUGAACUGGUGGGUUCGAUCCAUGUGUCGUGGUUGGCGUUUUGACAUUGUCGGGCAGGUACGGAUCAUGGUCACGACCUCGCUGGCACUGUACGAGAAGGACGAGCUAGGAAAAGAUUGGCUCUCGUUCCACACGCGACGGAGGUCCAUUCACAGCCUCGAGUACGUCCAAAAAGUUGCGAGCAAGGCAGAAGUCCUGCGAGAACCAGCAGCGGUCAACCAACCUAAACCAGAGCAGUUCUGGGGGUCUGCAAUGCAUUCCAAGUCAUCCGACACGCAGCUGGUCAAGGACGACAUCAUGAAUACACCAGACAGCCCAAGCCGACGAACAGGUUCCCGCAAAUUCGCCACGGAAGUGCCUCAGCGAAUAGACAGCGGAAACGGUCAGAACGGCGCGGGGGAUGACCUCGUGGUAAAGCGCGGGAAAAGUCAAGAUGAUGUCGCCGCCGCUGCCACCGACACCAACGAGUUUGACACAAGCGGCACACCGCGGAAGAUUUUGUUCGAGUGAAACCGUCAGAGCUCUGAUUGGUGGAAAUGGCGGAAACACCGCUAAACGAGCCAAUCACUAUUUAAAUAAUUUGUCCUGUUC